AAGAAGUAGAAUUCCAUGAAGAUAGUAGAAUCCGACUUCCAUGAAGAAGUAGAAUCCAAUGAUUUCAAUAUAAAUCAAAAAUACAAACAUUUAUGGGUUCAAUGCGAAAAUUGUUAUGGAUUAAAUUAUAAAAAAUUUUUUAAGUCAAAAAUGAAUAUUUGUGAACAGUGUGGAUAUCAUUUGAAAAUGAGUAGUUCAGAUAGAAUUGAACUUUCGAUUGAUCCCGGAACUUGGGAUCCUCUGGAUAAAGAUAUGAUAUCUAUAGACCCCAUUGAUUUUCGUUCAAAAGAGGAACCUUAUGGAGAUCGUAUCGAUUCUUAUCAAAGAAGGACAGGUUUAGCUGAUGCUAUUCAAACAGGCAUAGGUCAAAUAAAUGGUAUUCCCGUAGCAAUUGGCGUUAUGGAUUUUCAGUUUAUGGGAGGUAGUAUGGGAUCCGUAGUAGGCGAGAAAAUUACUCGUUUGAUCGAGUAUGCUACUAAUCGAUCUCUACCUGUCAUUAUUGUGUGUGCUUCUGGAGGAGCACGCAUGCAAGAAGGAAGUUUGAGCUUGAUGCAAAUGGCUAAAAUAUCUUCUGCUUCAUCUAAUUAUCAAUCAGAUAAAAAGUUAUUCUAUGUAUCAAUUCUUACAUCUCCUACAACUGGUGGAGUAACAGCCAGUUUUGGUAUGUUGGGGGAUAUCAUUAUUGCUGAACCUAACGCCUACAUUGCAUUUGCGGGUAAAAGAGUAAUUGAACAAACAUUAAAAAAGGUAAUACCUGAAGGUUCACAAGUGUCUGAGUAUUUAUUCCAUAAAGGUUUAUUCGACCCAAUAGUACCACGUAAUCCUUUUAAAAGGUGUUCUGGGUGAGUUAUUUCAGCUCCACGGUUUCUUUCCCUUGAAUCCAAGUUCAAAAAUGUAAAGUAUAGCACUAGAUUCAGUUAUUUUAUUUGUAGCGAACAAGUAUUUAAUUCGUCGUAAUCAGGUGUUUUCUUUGGUGACAUAAGUUCUCCUUGUAAUAAGAGACAGAGGUUUCGGAUAAUUUUUAUUUUAUAUUUUAUUAUAUUUUAUUUAUUAUAUUUUAGAAUAUAGAAUAUAUAGUUUUAGAAUAUAGAAUAUAUAGUUUCUAUCUAGUCAUUUUCUAUCUAAUCAUAUAGAAUUAUAGUUGAUAUUACUUAUUACUUAUAAAUAAAUAUUAUAAAUAAAUAAUAUUUAUUAUAAUUUUUUAUAAUAUAUUUAUAAUAUAAUAAUGGCUUGAUAUAAUAUAAUAAUGGCUUGAUAUUACUUAUAAUAGAUAUAUCAUAAGUAAUAGAUAUAUCAUAAGAAGAUAUCUUUCUAAUAGAUAGAAAUAUUAAAACAGAUAGAAAUAUUAAAUUGAGGCACCUAUUCUAUGACAGAUCCCAACUUACCCUCUAUUUUUGUGCCUUUAGUGGGCCUAGUAUUUCCGGCAAUUGCAAUGGUUUCCUUAUUUCUUCAUGUCCAAAAAAAUAAGAUUGUCUAGACCCAAUGGGACCGAAUCUUAUCAAUUUAUUUCAACACUGGAUGAUAAUACAGAUAUUUAUCUCGUGUAAUAUGGUAUGAUAUGUGGCUCUUUCCGAACACACAAAUGAAAGAAUCGUUAUGCGGAUAUAUGAUAUCUGCAUAAAUGCAUGUAUAUGUGAAUAUAGCUGGUUCAAAAUGGAUUAGUGAAUAUUUUAAAUAGAAAGUCAAUGUAUCUAACCAAUUACUCUCCUAAUGUUUCACAUCAGAAUAGUGCUAGUUGAUGAAAGUUACUUCGGGAUCAAGAAAGGUAAAGUCAAAUUUAUUUGGGUUAUUCGCUCAAUUCCAAUCGAAUGCACUGGAUCUAGUAUAGUAUGAAUUGGCGAUCAGAACAUAUAUGGAUAGAACUUAUAACGGGGUCUCGAAAAACGAGUAAUUUUUGCUGGGCCUGUAUCCUUUUUUUAGGUUCACUAGGAUUCUUAGUGGUUGGAACUUCCAGUUAUCUUGGUAGGAAUUUGAUACCCGUAUUUACAUCUCAGCAAAUCAUUUUUUUUCCACAAGGGAUCGUGAUGUCUUUCUACGGGAUCGCGGGUCUAUUCAUUAGCUCGUAUUUGUGGUGCACAAUUUCGUGGAAUGUAGGUAGCGGUUAUGACCGAUUCGAUAGAAAAGAAGGAAUAGUGUGUAUUUUUCGCUGGGGAUUUCCUGGAAUAAAUCGUCGCAUCUUCCUUCGCUUCUUUAUGAGAGAUAUCCAAUCAAUCAGAAUAGAGGUUAAAGAGGGUCUUUAUACUCGUCGUGUCCUUUAUAUGGAAAUCAGAGGCCAAGGAGCCAUUCCCUUGACUCGUACUGAUGAGAAUUUUACUCCACGAGAAAUUGAACAAAAAGCUGCCGAAUUGGCCUAUUUCUUGCGCGUACCAAUUGAAGUAUUUUGAAACGAACUGAAGUGAAGAAUAAAAUGAAGAAUAAAUAUUUUCUCAAGAUGGGGGAAGGAACUUGCUAAUUCCUCUUUUAAUACAACUGAAGUUUCUUCAUUCUUUUAUACUAGAAAAAGGUCUAAUCUAACUAACGAAUCUAAUCUAAUAAGUAUAGAUAUAAAUUCAUCAAACCUAUCCGAACAUGUAUUUCGUAAUACAGAAUUCAUCUUUUUAGGCCAAGAUUUGGAAUUGAUACCCUUUUCUGGUUAGACGGUGAAACAUUUCGAAAGAAUUAAUUGAUCCAGGGGGAGUUUUUUCGUCUCGAAACUCGAUUCGUUACUUCAAGUGGGUUUUCGAGUAUUCAUCGAAAGGAACAAAUGAAAAUAAAAUUGGUUCAAAUUUGCCCAAUUGAGAUAUCUGGAAUAAUAUUUAUUUCUUUUUUCUCAUUUUCAUCCGAAAAGAACUCUUAUUCUAUGUCUAUAUUCCUUCUAAAUCAAAAAAAAAAUAAAAUUAUUACACAAUAAUAGGAAAGGAAUAGACCCAUAGGUCAAUACCUUGUUAUACAACUCGUGCUUCAAAGAAAUAUCAGAUCAGAUAGAGUCAACGAAUGAAGCAGGUUCAUUAACAAUUCAAUUCACAGAAAAAAAAAAAUGAAAAAAAAGAAAGCA